CGUGAGGACAUGCGCAAUAUAAACUUCAAAUUGGAAGGGGAUAAUACGUGUUCUUGCUCUUCAAGUUCGUAAAAUUUCGAUUAUCUGUGUUGGUUGGAGGAAAUUACUUUCUCUGACACAUCUCAGAUGAAGUAAGCAUGGACUAGCUUACAAAGCGCAUCACCCCAAAGUCAAGAACAAGUCAACAAUAAAUAUAGAGGUUCUCGCAUAAAAGGAUUCAAAAUGGUUUUAUCACAAAGGCAGAAAGAUGAGCUGAACAAGGCUAUUGCCGACUACCUCAGUUCCAAUGGCUACAUGAAUGCUCUCGGGGAAUUCCAGAAAGAGACCUCAAUGUCCCCUGAAAUAGAAAAGAAGUAUGCGGGUCUUCUGGAGAAGAAGUGGACCUCAGUCAUCAGACUGCAGAAAAAGGUUAUGGACCUUGAAGCUAAGCUGUCUGAGACAGAGAGGGAGUACAACGCAGGUGCCCCCACGCGGGACAAGCGCAGCCCACUGGAGUGGAUUCCCCGCCCCCCGGAGAAGUACACCAUGACCGGACACAGGAGUCCCGUCACCAAGGUCAUCAUACAUCCUGUCUUUGCCGUCAUGGUGUCCGCCAGUGAGGACGCCACACUCAAGCUGUGGGACUACGAAACCGGGGACUAUGAGCGGAGUCUGAAGGGACACACAGACUCUGUACAGGACAUCUCCUUUGACUCCACAGGAAACUUUCUUGCCUCCUGCUCGGCCGACAUGACCAUCAAGCUGUGGGACUUCAAGGGCUACGACUGCAUCAAAACCAUGUAUGGUCACGACCACAAUGUGUCGAGCGUGUGCUUCAUGCCAAGUGGAGAUUUCGUUGUCUCGGCUUCUCGAGACAAGACCAUCAAGAUGUGGGAGGUGGCAACCGGGUACUGCGUGAAGACGUUCACUGGUCACCGGGAGUGGGUGAGGAUGGUGAGGGUCAACAAUGAUGGAUCUCUCCUGGCCAGCUGCUCAAAUGAUCAGACUGUCCGUGUGUGGGUGACGGCCACGAAGGAGUGCAAGGCCGAGCUGCGGGAACAUGAGCAUGUGGUGGAGUGCAUCACCUGGGCUCCGGAAUCAGCUCACCCCGCCAUCAACGAGGGGGCUGGCAUUGAUGCCAAGAAGCCCCGCAAUGGCCCCUUCCUGAUAUCUGGCUCCCGGGACAAGACCAUCAAGAUGUGGGACGUCAGCGUCGGCCUCUGCCUCUUCACUCUGGUUGGCCACGACAACUGGGUGCGUGGACUGGUGUUCCACCCCGGCGGCAAGUACAUCCUGAGUGCAGCAGAUGACAAGACGCUGCGAGUGUGGGACAUCAAGAACAAGAGGAACCACAAGACUCUGGAGGCUCACACACACUUUGUCACAUCACUAGAUAUGCACCGAACUGCUCCAUAUGUAGUGACUGGGAGCGUGGACCAAAAUGUCAAAGUAUGGGAGUGCCGUUAAUAGCCAAUCAAAACAUAGGUACAGAGGAAGGAACUAUCUGAUUGGUCGUUGCUGUGGGUUGCUAGAGUCCGCAGAUUGGACAGAAGAGUUAUACAGACAAACGAGUAUCUUGUUUUGUGGCUGCGUGGCUCCGCAAGAGAUCUUAGGCAUUACCUAUUUAUUAUUCUCCAACACAGGGUUGCAUAGCUGUCUAUGAGAGAGUGCUUUCAAAACUCAUGCUGACAGUCUGGGACUUGUCCAAUGCAUUUAAUGUCAAUGAUUACAGAAAUUUACGACCUUGUCAAUAACAACAACAGACUCAACAGUGAAAGGCAACCUGUUCGGUACAGUGCAAGAGAUAAAUGAAAAAUGAUGAAAAAACAACCUUGCAUGGGUAGCCCAGCCAGUCGAGCUCGGCAAGCACAAUCUGCCGUGGCUGCUACCGUACUGGAGGAGACGGACGAAGGAGACCCGUUUUGAAGCCACUUUCUCAUACGACCAACAACCCUGGACCUGUGUGAUAUUGUGCUUGUCUGUGCCAGCUUGACGGGACGAUUCUACUGUGCACUGUUCCCUCACUGUUCGGCUGCAUACAUGUGUAUUUAAACAACCCUUGUGGUCUUCUGCAUAGUUACCCUCACUUGUCUAAACAGGUUGCUUCGAGUCCAUAGUUGAUAUUGUCACAUACGUCAAGUACGUGUUAUGUUGUACGAGUAAUUUUUGACCAGUUCUAGACGAUGUAUUCAACAUCCCUCAUAAUCCUCUCAUCCUAGGUCACACAGAAUAUUACUUCAGUUGUGUUGGAAAUUUUUAGAGUUGAUACUUGUGCUCAUAUUUAUCCUGUGUCAUGCAUUUCAACCUUCUUGUCAUGUCCCGUGCAUGAGACAUAUGCAUGAGUUAUGUAUUGGGUAUUCGUGUCCUAAGUGUUUGGUAGGGGUACUGAUUAUUUGGUGAUUUCUGAUCAGGCUUGAUGGCUGAAUACUAAAGUUGUAGGUGAGAUCUUGGCUAUAUUUUCAUCUAAAAUACUUAUUGAGCAUGUUCGGAGGUUUUGAAGCAAUACUGUGUGGUCACGAUCAAGUUUGAAUCUUUCACAAACGAAAACCACUUUGUUGAGUUGUCUAUUAUUUUGCCUCUGGAGAUGCGCUAUGACCUGCAGAGAAUGUUUGACCCUUUAUGUUUGCCAUGGUUGAUAUUAAGAGCUUGGACAAGUUUGUAAACUUGUCGCCACAGUUUUUGUUUUUGUAAUCACCCCUUGGCCCUGUUCCCACCCAGGGAUGAAAGUUGUCUCCGUGGCAACUCACAUGGGACUCGCUCCCUCAGAUCGUUAAGUGCUAUUUGUCUGUACAUACUAAAUAUCUCUGUUAGAGAUUCUUGACGAGUUUGUUGCUAGCUAAGAAACCACAGAAGCAAGCCUAAAGGUGUUCUGAGGAUGCCAAACAGUUGUCAAUCAGUUCUCCCCUUUUGCUCUCUCUCUCUCUCUUGCUAGAGCGUCUAGUUACCCACACGAUUGUAAAUUUCAAACUGGUUUUGUACAGAUGUAGAAAUAACAACUAGAGUAUUAGUAAGCUGUCACCCAGGUUUGUUUACAAUAACGUACCAGACUUCGAUGUCAGUAUCUGAUUCAAGGUGUAGCGGUUAAUACCAAAGUGACCACUUUGUUCCGUGACCCCCUUUCCUCAGGUUUGUGUGCUCUGUGGCUUGCACAGCACCAGUGCUAUGUUUGUCCACCCUGUGUGUUACUAAGACAUUCUCAUAUACACAGUCAAACCUUCGUGGGAUCCCGCACUGCCACACAACCUAGUAGGACAGAAACACCGCAAGAAACAGCUCAAAUAAACACGAAAAGGUCUGCUUGAAAUUUGGUUAUCCAUCACAUCAUUGUCACUUUCCAAAUGCUUACCACCCCAGCUAUAUGGUAUUUGAACAAGAAUGACAAAGGGAGAUAACUCUGCCAUUCCUUGAAAGAUUGACGCCACUAAAAAUGUUUCUUGUCUGGCUUUAACUGGUGAUUGACUGUGAAGAUAGUCCCCAGCUCCCUAAAGUAGGGAGUUGGGAACGGAAUAGACAGGAAACAGUUGCAUACUCGGCACCCUGAGUAUUGAGGGUCGCCCUGUGGACUCGGUGAAGUGACGUGGUGUCCGAGGUUGCCAGUAGCAGUUGUGACGGGAUCCCAGAAGACUGACAUAUUUGUUACUGUACAUACAGCCUGUUGUUGAGUUUGUGCUCGGCUUUGCUAUAAUUGUAAUUUAUUUACGACCUAGUGGUCCCCGUAGUAACCUUGUGAUAGCACCACGUUUGUACAGAUGUCUAUACCAGGAUAUACACAUGUCUGUCUGUUCAACACUCGCCUCUGUAUUGGAGUUCAAGUCGUACAAGUUAACUAAAUGUUAUUGUGUUUGUUUUGAUUUCAGUCUAAAAAUGAAGCUAUUUAGAAUGGACAGUUUCUUUAUCAUGUUUCGCCUUCGGAAUGGUAAUUUUGGAAUUCUUGAAAAUCCUAUUCUAACAAAGACAUCGGAACAUUGUCUGACACCUGGACUUGGUUAAUGUCAGUGGUAUUAUAGACAGCGUGUAAGAUGGCUUCUAGUUGAGUUAGUGUGCGACAUAAUAACAUAGACAUAUAUAUAUAUAUACUAACCUUAGCUAUGAUGGCGCUUGUCUUCAAAUCAAAUAACAUUCAAAAGUUUUGCAAAAUCCUACUUACAAAAUGCAAAUGAAUAGUUGGGAGAUGUGUUAUCAACAGUAACCGAUCAAGUAUAUUUUAUGUUUCACAGUGCUAUAUUUAUUGUUUGUUUAAUCUCAAGUCAGUUGAGUUUAAAUCAAAAUCAUUUCCGUCAAACAUUCCCUCCUGAUAUUUCGCAUGUAGUUAAACUUGAUGAAGCAAACAUGUCCGAUUUCCUCAACUUUCGUACUUUCUUGCGCUGGAUAAGAACCAACCAAUCAUCUGUGAGAGUCUGUACAUCCCUACCCAUCCAUCUUACUGUCUUUCCGGACGGUAGGAGGCUGGAGGCGAGGGUCUAGUCUGUCAUCUGGGGGGCUUCCCCAAAACACUGACUCAGAAUGAAGUCACACAAAGCAAGAAGUUUUGCCUGGAAGAAGAAAAAUAAGUUUUGUUUGGGGAAAUUGUAUCAGAAAUGAAUUUGCAAAAUCCAAGUGUAUGUAAAAUGUUUGGCUAUUUCUUGAACAGAUUAAAUUGUCGUGUGAAUUUAUGGGUUUCUCAAGCCUUACAUUGACGUCCAUUUUGCAAGUUUAAUUCGCGAAUGUUUGCGUUUCAUCAGUCAACGCCACUCAUUUCCAUUCAGACUUAAUAUUUGGUUUUGUAGAAAUCAAGCUGGAGUGUUAAAGCAACUUGCCAUGUGCAUUUAACUAACCAAAGCAUUGGACAGAUGCUUCGUGUUGUCGUGUUGAUGCUCAGCUAAUAUCUAAGUCACUUUCUUGCAUGACCAAAUUGCAGUAGCAUUUGAUGCAGGUGAAUGAAGACAGGGCCACGUUCCCUGGAGAGAUCCACAUGUGGCUGAUCAGGUCUGUGUCGGAGUUCAAGUCAGAGGGUCACUCCAUGGCACAGGGCCGUGACCUGGGCUGUGUUUUGCUAUGCAGACCGCUAGCUGAUGUCGUAUACAAUUAUGUUAUAUUUUCAUAUGUGAUUUGUGUGAUACUUUUAUAAUUACUGUUUGUAAAUCUACUCCAGACCAUCUCUUUACGUCAUUUUAGAAUUGAGUUGUCUCCCUUCAAUCACUGCCAGACUACUACAGUGAGGUGUUUGUAAAGAUGUUAACCCCAUGCUAAUUUACUAAAUUUUAUGUAAUCCGGCUAAGAGGUGUGAAGUUAUGGGGACGGGUACAUGAUUAAAUGUAAAAGACAUUUGUUAUAAAUAUACGGUAAUAUUCAGCAAAUAAUUGUUCUUGGUCUACAUUGAUGGCACCUAAUUGUUCCUUCUGAAUCUACAACGUGCACAUUAUUUAAAGAUCUGCUUCCAGACCAUACACCGAAACACUGGUACAGUUUUAUCUUCAACGCUACCAAGUUUUGCCAUGUAUGUUUUAGUGAGUGAUAUUUAAUAUACCUUUAGGAAUUUGUGAGAGAAAAGUGAUUAUUUUGUUUCUUUUUAUUUUAAAUGGAUCACUUUCUCUCUGCACUGUGUAUUCCAUAGUGUCACCAAUGCUUCGGAACAUCAGAUAUUUAAUGUAUGUCAUGAUAUUGUCGCCUACCUGCUGACUAGUAAUAUGGUGAAUUAAAACCUCAAACACCAA